CUGGCUUCUACUUCAGCGUAAACAUCCAGCAUUUAAAGCUGCGGCUCGACCUUAAAUAGCCUUAGUUACAGAAAAGCACAAGUGAGGACAUCCCCUGACUUUAUACCAGCGAAACGAAAGCAGCAUCAAGAGCAGAAACCGCAGUCUUAUUUUCAGAGAAGUCGAGGAAACAGCUGGACUAUGAGUGCUGCUCAGAGUCAAACAACACUGGAGUCCAAACUGGAGGCCCUGCAGUGCCACUUCACCUGGGAUCUGGAGAUGAGCAAGUCCAUGCUGUUACGUCGCAAGGACAAGCUGGAGGACAUCGGCACCGAGGAGGGGAACAGCUGGCUGGGUCACAUUUACAACCUGCGGGGGUUCAUUCAGUACAAGCUGGGGUUCACCGAAGACGCCCAGAGUUUCUUCAACAAGGCUGCAGAGGCCUUCAGCAAGAUAAGAAACGCAGAUGAGGGUCCCUGGUUGGUGGUGAACUACGGGAACUUGGCGUGGCUGCACCACCACCUGGGAGACCAAGCAGAGAGUCAGGCUUACCUGUCAAAGGUCAACGCCCUGAUGAAUAAAUACCCAUCUCCAUCCCAGGACCAGCUCCAUCCAGAGAUCUACGCUGAGAAAGCCUGGACCCUGAUGAAGUUCAGUGAAGAACAAAAGAAAGAGGCUGCAGAUUACUUCCAGAGAGCCAUCAGGAUGCAGCCGGACAUGGUGGAGUGGAACACCAGCUACGUCUUAGGGUUAGUGAAUGCUUUUAAGCACAGCGAAACAGGGCUGGAGGCUGACCUUCUGGAGAAAAUGAGAAUUGCCAAGGAACAGGAUCCAGAGAACUUGUACAUUGCUGUGUACUAUCUCGAGCAUUGUGCAAAGAAAGGAGAGAGAAUCAAAGAUGAAGCACGUGAGUUAGCCACAAAGGUUUUGAGAAAUCCUGUCAGCAGCUACAGUGGUAUGAAACCAUUAAUAAGGGUUUACAGAAACUAUGUUUCUAUUGAUGAGGCCAUUGAUUUGGCAGAGGAGGCUCUGAAAACCCAUCCAGAUGAGCGUUAUCUGAAGAGAUGCGCUGCACUCUGCUACAAAUGGAAGAUAGUAUUUUUCAGGGACAGUCGCCCAAAACCAAGCAUGAUAGACAGAGCAAUAAGUCUCCAUAAAGAGGUGAUUGCUCUUUACCCUCAUUCUUCACUUGUGAAGAAAAUAGACCUUGCAAAUAUAUACGCAAAGUCAAAAUAUGGCCAGGCUAAAGCUGAGCAGAUAUACCAGGAACUGCUCAAAAGUGAUCUGGAACCUGGAGACAAACAGAUGGUUUACAACGGCUACGCAAAAUAUUUAAACUUUGAGCGGAAGGAUGGCAAUACGUCAAUAAUAUAUCACAUGAAGGCAGCAGCGAUACCGCAUCAGUCCUUCUUUCGUGGGAACAGCAUCAAACUUCUGGAAAGAAUUAAAGACAAAGGCAGGAACCGAAAGUGUAGAGAAAUAGAAGAGUUUCUGGAAAAUCUGCAAGAGCCAUAGUGAUUUUAACAGCACUGGUUCUAAAUCCAG